UCUGAUUGUCUCAUCUCAGAAAAGGGUUGUAUUUGUCUGGCUUCAGCUCUUUCUUCAAACCCCUCCCACCUAAAAGAGCUGGAUCUGAGCUACAAUUAUCCCGGAAAAUCAGGACUGAAGCUGUUAUCUGUUAGACUGGAGGAUCCUGUCUGUAAACUGGAGAAGCUUAAAACUGACCAUGCUUCUGAAAACAGAGCACGACCACGUUUGCUGAGAUAUGCCUGUGAGCUCACACUGGACCCAAACACAGCACACAGACAUCUCUCUCUCUCUGAGGGGAACAGAAAGGUGACACUUGUGUAUGAGGAGCAGCCGUAUCCUGACCACCCAGAGAGAUUUGACUGCUGGGAUCAGGUGUUGUGUAGAGAGGGUCAGUCUGGACGCUGCUACUGGGAGGCUGAGUGGAGUGGGGAUGGGGCUUAUAUAUCUGUGGCGUAUAAAAGCAUCCAGAGGAAAGGGGGGAGUGAUGACAUCAUACUGGGACGUAAUGACAGGUCCUGGAGUCUGCUCUGCUCUUCUCACGGUUACUCUGCCUGGCACAAUAAUGAGCACACUGCCAUACCUGACCCCUCCUCCCGCUCCAGCAGAGUAGGAGUGUACCUGGACUGGCCAGCCGGCACUCUGUCCUUCUACAGCGUCUCCUCUGACACACUCACCCACCUGCACACGUUCCACUCCACAUUCACUGAGCCCCUCUAUCCUGGGUUUAGGGUUUAUGACUCCUCAGUGUCCCUGUGCCAGAUC